GUCACAUGCGAUCACCGACAGCGCCAGCUGCAAACAUUAUUGUACAAUGCUCUUACACCGCCUCAGUUCUUUUCCUCUAUGUUCCCUUCUCUUUACACCCUUCCACGUAACCCCAUCAGACCAUCAUAACCACGUGGCAGGUUUUAGUUGCCAGACCACCUUCCUCUACGGUGCGCUCCAACGCACUUGAACAUUUAUCACGCGCUUUGCUUUUGUUUUCUUUAUGCAUUUUCUCUAGCUUCCCCACACACUCAAACCAUCCCUUUUAUUGAAAUCCUCAAGCUUCAAUUUGCUUUGUGCUCACUCAUCUAUCUAUUAUAACCAAACACUCUUCUUCAUAUUCUUCUUCUUCUUCUUGUUCUUGUUCUAUCUGUGACGAGCAUCAUGGCCUCGAGAGCAGUGCUAUUGUUGGCUAUGUGUGUGCUUCCGGCCAUGGUUGUGGCCAUUCGCCCAGCAAAGAACCCUUUUUGCGUGAAGGGUCGCGUCUACUGUGACCCUUGCCGUGCUGGUUUUGAGACCUCAGCAACCACCUACAUUGCCGGUGCUGAGAUUAUGUUGCAAUGCAAGAGCAGGGUUAGCAACGAGGUUGUGUACACCAAGAAGGGGUACACUGACUCAACUGGAGCAUACACAAUGUACGUGGACGAGGAUCACGCAGAUCAAAUAUGCAGUGCCAAGCUUGUAAGCAGCCCUCACCCUCAAUGCAAGGAAGUCACCCCGGGCCGCGACGAAGCCGUCGUUAUUCUCACCCGCUACAACGGCAUUGCAUCCGAUGAUAGGUUCGCCAAUGCCAUGGGCUUCAUGUCUCAGGAGGUUGCUUCUGGCUGUGCUGAGGUCCUCAGGCAAUACGAGGAGUUCGACAAUGAGAAUUAAUUACGUAAUUAAUUUCAGUAAUACUGUUAUUAUUAAUCUACUUUCGAUUUGGGUUUUCUAAUGUCUAUUUAAUUCAAUCUUGAUGUGGAGUCUUAUCUCGACAUUUUCAUAUUAUCAUGUUAUAUAUGUUGAUGGACCGACCCUGCUUAAUUAUAUUAUUACAUCAAGAUCUAUCCUGGACUUUGAGGAUGAUGUAGUCUAUUUUGUGUCGUUAUAAUAAACUAUUCUUUUAUAUCU